AUGCAUAGCCCUCAUCAUUCAGAUGCAAGCACACCGGCGGAGAGCGAGUCCAACUUUGUUGACACUCCAGCCACAGUCAACUCAGUCUCGCUGGAGAACCUAGACGAACUGCUGCGGUUCCCUGUCGAGAGCUCUUAUAUCCUUGUCACCGGUGGCCUUGGCUUCAUCGGCAGUCACACAACCCUUGAAUUGCUCAAGGCGAAUUACAAUGUCGUUGUGGUCGACAACCUCAGCAAUGCUUUCGAAAACGUCUUCGACCGCAUCACUACUCUGGCACAUAAAUACCACAAUGAGAAUGGCACUAAGAUGCCCGAUCUCAGAUUACAUGCACACGACUAUAGAGACACAGCUGCCCUCCGGCCUCUUCUUGAAGAGUACCGAGUUCAAACACGAUGGAACAUUCCCAAGUCAAAGAUUGCCGGUGUUAUUCACUUUGCUGCAUAUAAGGCAGUUGAGGAGAGCAUCAAGAGUCCACUCAAGUAUUACUCAAACAACGUCAGCGGCUUGAUCGACUUUGCCUCAAUUCUUGGCGAAUUUGGCAUCAAGACUUUUAUCUUCUCUUCCUCUGCUACCGUCUAUGGCACACUUGCAAACAGUGGUCUCCCAUUGAAAGAGGAGCUAUGUGUGCAUAGGGAAGAAAAAUAUACCAAUGCCACCGGCGAUAUCCAGACAUUGCAGCCCGGCUGCACUGGUAUCACCAACCCCUACGGCCGCACAAAAUGGAUGUGUGAGACCAUUCUGGCAGAUCUUGCUGCCUCAGAUCCAGAAUGGACAGUUGUUGCUCUUCGUUAUUUCAACCCUGUCGGAUGUGAUACCUCUGGUCUCCUCGGCGAGGACCCAAGACAAAUUCCCACCAACUUGCUCCCAGUCGUCGUCAAGGUCAUGACUGGCCAGUACGCCGAGCUGCAGAUGUUUGGCUCAGACUGGGAAACCGAGGACGGAACCGCUGUCCGGGAUUACAUCCACGUCACUGAUCUCGCAUGUGGUCACAUUGCCGCCCUGAACACUGCCGUCGAAGGAAAGCUGAUCGAAAACUUCCGUACCUUCAACUUGGGCACUGGAUCUGGCAAUUCUGUCUUGGAUGUCGUCAACACCAUGGAAGCUGUGAUAAAUAAGUCUAUUCCCCGCAAGGCCGCAGACCGCCGUGCUGGAGAUGUUGGCUCAUGCGUCGCUGUUGCCGAUCGGUCAAGGGAAGAGCUGAACUGGAAGACUGUCAAGUCACUCAAAAAUGCUUGCGAGGAUAUAUGCAACUUUUUGGUAGUCAGUGGCCUUUCUACGUAA